UUCGGCUGUCGAACCGGAACUGAAGCAACAUUUGUUCUGUGGAAAUUGGGAUGGCUCUGGCUAGGGUUUCACCGUCUUCCUUAGCGAACCUUAUACCGCCCCUGCUCCAAUCCUUCUUCCGCCCUUUCUCCUCGGACUUUCCCAUCCGCAAUUCCCGCCGAAGAAGCUCCCCCGUUGCUGCCGCCUUCUCUCUUACUUCACAAUCUGCCCACGCUGCGAGGGAGGGGCUGGUCAUGGAGGCGCCCAGGCCGAGCUCCAGGUAUCCUUGGAAGCCCACGUGUUUGUACUACACCCAGGGCAAAUGCACAAUGAUGAAUGAUGCAAUGCAUCUGGAGAAGUUCAGUCACAAUUUGAAGAUGGACCUUCCAGUGAAUGCAUCAGCCACAGAUAAAUCCAAGCCUCAGAAACUGGAAUAUUUAUUGAUUCUUGAUUUGGAGGGUAGGGUUGAAAUCCUUGAGUUCCCAGUCAUGAUGAUUGAUGCUCAAAACAGAGAAUUUGUUGAUUCAUUUCAUAGGUUUGUGCGUCCAACUGCAAUGAGUGAGCAAAGAACAACAGAAUACAUAGAAGGGAAAUAUGGAAAAUUUGGGGUUGACCGUGUUUGGCAUGACACUGCUACCCCUUUCAAGCAAGUGCUGCAAGAGUUUGAGGACUGGCUUGGAAAUCACAACCUGUGGAAAAAGGAGCAAGGUGGAUCACUCAACCGUGGAGCAUUUGUUACUUGUGGAAACUGGGAUUUGAAGACAAAGGUCCCUGAGCAGUGCAAGGUUUCAAAAAUAAAUUUACCUACCUAUUUUAUGGAAUGGAUUAACUUGAAGGAUAUCUACCUCAACUUCUAUAACAGAAGGGCAACUGGAAUGAUGACAAUGAUGAGAGAACUUCAACUGCCAAUUGUUGGAAACCACCAUCUCGGGAUAGACGAUUCAAAAAAUAUCGCAAGAGUGGUUCAGCGCAUGCUUGCUGAUGGUGCUGUGAUUCAAAUCACUGCUAAGAGACAGUCAGCUACUGGCGAUGUGAGAUUUCUUUUCAAGGACCGAAUUAGGUGAUUGAAAAGUGACACCCCCAAUUCAUAGUGGUGCUGAUAUUAGUUGCCUGAAAGGCAUUUCAGGAUUUUGGAGCAAAGAUAGAGCGACUGAACGCUCAAUCAACAUACAAAUAUGUCUAGAAAUUGUGAUGCUUUAACCAAACAAGAUCAAAUUACUGUCCCCAAGCUCAUCUUAGAGUUUCAACUAAAUCACAAAUUAAAGGAACCGUGAUAUGUGAAUUAGUUAACGU